GCAUCAUUCAUUUUAGUUAGCACUGGGAUCUCAAACAGAUCGGACCAAAAAAGCUAUUCUCUAAAAAAUACCUAGAGAUGUCGUUACUGUCGACUGAAAAUAUAUUCAUUAUGGUCUUUUUCCUGGGCCUUUGUCAGCAGGAAACUAACGCAAUUAAAAACCCUUUUCGACUUGAUAUUCCACCAAACGUUCUUGAAGAUGCACAAUUAGAUACGUUCCAACUGAUUUAUAAAUAUGGAUAUCCGGCUGAGAAUUACACAGUGCAGACCGAAGACGGAUACAUAUUGGGAGUGUUUAGGAUCGCCCGCCCUGGAGCCAUUCCCGUACUGAUGGUGCACGGACUGCUGGAUAGCUCGGCCACUUGGGUGAUGAUGGGACCAACAAAAUCACUGGGGUACUUACUCUAUGAACAGGGCUACGAUGUCUGGUUGGCCAAUGUGCGGGGCAAUACCUAUUCGAAACGCCAUGUCAGGUACUCCACUGAUGACCCUCAGUUUUGGGACUUUUCGUUCCAUGAGAUGGGCAUUCACGAUCUGCCCAGCACAAUUGACUUUGUGCUGAUGCAAACGGGUUUCAGCCAGCUGCACUAUGUGGGUCACUCUCAGGGAACGGUCUCAUUUUGGAUCCUGGCCAGUGAGAGACCAGAGUACAUGGAGAAGAUCCUUAUGAUGCAGGCCUUGGCCCCGGUGGCCUUCUUGACCCACUGUCGCAGUCCCGUUGUGAACUUCUUGUCCGAUCGGGAUGCAGCGGUUGCCUUCCUCCUAAGAUCGAUGGGAUAUCAUGAAUUCCUGCCCAAUAACAAUGUGAUUAACACCUUUAAGCGAUUAGCCUGCCACGAUACGACCAUUUCCAACCAGGUUUGUGAGAAUUUGCUCUUCCUCAUUUUCGGAUUCGACCGGAUGCAGUUAAAUGAGACAAUGCUCCCAGUUCUGGUGGGUCACACUCCGGCUGGAGCAUCCACCAAGCAGAUGCAUCACUACGGACAGCUGAGGAACUCGCGCAAGUUCCAGCUCUUUGACUACGGAAUGGACAACCUCAUGCAUUACGGAAGCCUCUGGCCACCAACCUACAAACUGGAGAAUGUCCGGACCAAGGUGGCUCUGUAUUACGGCAACAACGACUGGUUGGCACCGCCGGAGGAUGUGGAACUACUUUACCAGAGACUGCCCAAUGUGGUGGACAAAUACUUGGUGCCUAAUGAAAACUUCAACCAUUUGGACCUGAUCUGGGGCAUCGAUGCAAAGGAGCUUGUCUGGGACCGAAUGUUCCAAGUAAUGAAAAGUCAGGAACCGAAUAUUGCUGCUUAUAGUUUUAAAUAAUAUUCAUAAAAUAAAAACUAUAAAAAAUAAUAAUGAUUUAAUAUCUAGUUAAUGUUUGCAAGACACUACAACUCAAAUACAAAUUACAAGAUUUAAUUCUCUCUGUAUGAAAUCUGCCUUGUUAAUAUAUUCCAAUAUAAAUUUUAAAUCCCCAAA